AUUCAUCCAACUCCGUCUUAUCUUGCAUUUAGAAUCUAUAAAAUAAACUAUAUCUUUAUUCCACAAGUCCCCGUACAAGUGGUUAUGAAGGCUGAACUCUCUAUGGUGGAGAAAAGAAUACUGAUCUUCAUUGGGCCUCAAGACGUCGACCUCUGAAAUGUUUACAAAUUAAAAAACAAAAUCACAUGAAAAUACUAUGGAAAGUGUAGUAAAACUUUUUAGUUCAUUUUUUUAUUGGCUUUAUCCAAAAUAUGGUUUUAAGGCAAGGCUUGGAAGAAGAAUCAUAUGAAACAUUUUAUGUUGAUAAUGAGAGUGGGUUCCUCUCGAUACUGUACAGCAUCGGGAGCAAGCCGUUGCAGAUAUGGGACAAAAAGGUGAGGAACGGCCACAUAAAAAGGAUCACGGACAACGACAUACAGUCCCUCGUACUGGAGAUAGUCGGCACCAACGUGAGCACCGCCUUCCUCACGUGCCCAGCAGACCCGAGGAAGACUUUGGGAAUUAAGCUCCCGUUCCUAGUCAUGAUCAUCAAGAACCUAAAAAAAUACUUCACAUUCGAAGUCCAGGUUUUAGAUGAUAAAAAUGUAAGGAGGCGAUUCAGAGCGAGUAAUUAUCAAUCGACGACGAGAGUGAAGCCGUUUAUUUGCACGAUGCCGAUGAGGCUGGACGACGGUUGGAACCAGAUCCAGUUCAAUCUUGCCGACUUCACAAGACGAGCCUACGGUACAAAUUAUGUCGAGACACUCAGAGUACAAAUUCACGCAAACUGUCGGAUAAGACGGGUCUAUUUCUCGGACAGGCUUUACGCCGAGGACGAACUACCAGCUGAAUUUAAACUCUUCCUGCCUAUACAGAACAAAACGAAGUAAAGUUUUGACCUUUUGACAUACCAAGCACAAAAAUGCCUUAAAGACUUUGCCUGUUUUGUGAUAUUUUUACCAAACUGUAUUUUUUUCUCUCUCUCUCUUUCUCUGAUUUUAAUUUGAAAUUUUUUUAAU